CAGUCGAGAUCGGAGUCCGCAGGCGUCCGCACGUCUUUCUAACUUCAACCCCGCGCCGCCAUUCCGUGCAUACUCACACUUCCUACCCAUUCAUCAUUCUACAUUUAAACAAGGAAGCAUCGUGAUCACACGCAGUUUUAUACUGAUUCAAACUGCCGUCAACGAGCCUGCCAACUCAAUUCAAUAAUUUUGUGAAGUGUUUGAAUAUGAACUUCAAAAUGAUAGAAGACAAUUGACGAUUCACUCUCCUCCGGUAGAGUGAGCCAACCACAAUCUCGACAUUCUCUUUGGACGUUACUGAUAUGAAUACGUCGCACUAACAGUGUUUUAGGGCUAAACAGCUCUCACAAAUACAUUCGGACCAUCAAUGCUAAAUUACAGACUGGUGUCAACGCAUUUCUUGAAGCAGCCGUAAAUUGUUAAAAGCCAACAUUCAUAUUGACUCUGUGUGCCGUGCCAAUAUGUGUCGCGAUCGGGACAUGUCUGAGCAGAGAAGUGACAUCAUCAAAUAAGUUUACGAAGUUCGCCACAGACUAACGUGUCUAUAGUCAAGUGUCAAGUUUCCCGUCAAAACGGCGCGCGUUUCCGCUCUGCCGUUUCGUUUUGUUUCUUUCAAUUUGUUUUACAUCAAAGGAUAAGCAAUAGCCCGGUGGUUUAGUGUUUGGUUGUGGAUCAUUGGUUGGGGUAUUGCCCUAAAGCGGGCCUCAGUGCGACCCUGGCCAGCCGUACCAGAGAAAACAUAUCCAGAAUCUUGGAUUCCAUAGUUGGUGCUGCCAGAUACUGCAUUAAUCGUCCCAUUAACGGCUGAAAACUUUUGGAAAUUGGGAAUUAUUUUCCGAGUUAGCGAAAAUGGUACAAUUGGAAAUUCUACAGUGCUCGGAACGAGAGCGCGAGAGGACUGAAGACAUGGCGGCGCCCGAGUGCGAGCGAGAGGCCAGGAAGAGACGCGAGCGCCGCGACUCGGGGUGCGCGCACGAGCGCAAGGAGCGCCGCCCGCACAGCGAGGAGCGCACGCCCCCGCCCCCGCCGCCGCCGCCGCUCCACGACCAUAACCGAAUUGAGUCGGAACGUCGUGCUGAGCGGCUGUCCCGCGCCCGUCGACCACAGUUCGGUGGAAAACGACGUCGUCCACCUACCAGGGGCUCCAAACAUCCAAAAGAGAACGAGUGCUUCACUACAUCUGAAGAGAUCCGAUGUAGCACACCGCCUCACUUCGAUUAUGUUAUUGUGCAAAAACCACAUCUAUGCGAGGAACCGGAGACUCUGGACGCUGGAGCACUGCAUCGAGUGGCAGGUCACACAGAGACUGCCGUUGAGGAGGGCGCAGCUCUAUGCGCGGAGGCUGAGCGAGCCCGCAGCGAUGAGAGGAGCGCAGCCCCACUCAACGUCGCACGUCGUGAACAGCCUGUCCCUGACCGACAGCUUGAAAAGAUCAACAAGAAGAUCUCUGUACUCAAGAAGAACAUCACCAAGUAUGAAAAUGAUUUUGAAUCCAAGAAUGGCCAUCCCUUGACCCAAAGUGACAGGAUAACUGAUGUGGCACUGACGCGUAUGAAUGAGACGUUGCGCAGACUUCAGGCUGAGAAACGACUCAUCAAGACUGACCCCGUGGAGUAUGCCCUGAAGGUACAAGCAGCUAAACUGCAGAAAGAAAGAGAUGACAAGCUUGAAGAGUCGCUCAAGAGCGAUAAACCUAUGGCUGAUAUCGUAAAAGAUAUCGAAGAGUGGUUAGAGGGCUGUCGCCAGGCGGCAGGCCGGUCUUCGGUGAGCGAGGGGAGCUGGACAGCGGCGCAGCUGGCGGCUGAGAAGCUGUGUGUACAGCGAGUGCUGCUGCGACUGGAGGCGGCCCGAGGUCGGCCCCCUGCGCACUCCGCCGAGCGCGGCGCGGCCCGACACCUCUACGAGCGCUACAGAACAGUCAAAAGAGUGCUCGCCUCCUCUAGGCCUGAUGCUAUCAUAGGCUGCAUUAACGGUGAACUGGCAACUAUUCACGAGCAUGAGACCAUGCUGUUCAACUCCAGCGUCGACAGUUCCAGUGACUCUCAGGAGAAGCCCUCAGACUCUUCGCAGGAAACAGCAGAAACUCCACUGCAGUCACCACCAAAUCGUGAUAGUGCUAUCGCAGGGGAGGAGGUCCCUUCAUCCACAUCAUCAGCUCAGUCUGCCACCAGUGAGGAAGCCACGCCUUCCAAUGAGGGCCUCCACUGUCUCGGCGUUGAGGAGCUCCAUAAAGCUCUCACUGAAGCUAAGAUGCAGAAAUCUAUCUUACGCCGCAGUAUCAAAGACUACGAAGUGAGCUUCGAACUCCAGAACAGCAGGAAGGUGCAGAGAGACGACAAGAAAGGACACGAGGAUGAAUACUGCAAGUACAAGUCAAUCAAGGCCAGGAUAAAACUCAUCAACGCACUCAUAAACAAACAGAAAACACAUUCCAACAACAAAAAUCCAAACUAAACCAUAUGUGUAGUAGCAAUAAGGCUCACAAUUACCUUCCCGCUUGAAUAUAAAGCGCACGCGACAGCCCUAAGUCGUAUAAGGUUGUCACUUUUAGACUGUUUCAUGUUUUAUAAAUAUGAUGAUUAUUGUAAUAAGUAUUCUGAAGCUGUCUCGAUGUUUGUUGUUCAUUUGUCACAUAACAUCAAUUUAAAAAAAAUACAGUGUACAAACUAGUCAACUGUAGGUAAUGAUUACUAAUGCGCAUUUCACUUUAUAAUUUAAAAUUCGAAUACCAAACCGUUAUAGAAUUUAAACGUGGCGUCAUAAAUCUAGUGCUUCCGAAAUAUAAUAUUUUUUAGUAACUACCUACGUAUUAUAAAUUUUUCUUUAACGAAUCAUGCCCCAAAGUCUCCUGGGAAAAAGACAAAAUUAUCCAUUGCAAAUUGUAGCCCAAUUUGUUUAAUUUUUAAUUUAGCAAAUUGUAUAGUGCCAAAUAUUGUCAUUCUAUACAAUUUUGUGGUUGUAAAUAGUAUUGACUUA